UUGACUAAACGUGCAGCAGUGCGAACACGAACGCGUGCAGCGGCAUUCCCGGCUCCGGCUUUUAUUGUUGCAUAUUGUAAUAAAUAAUUACUCUCUAUCGAGCCCUAUACAACUCUAUAAUAUCCAUAACGCUGACAAUAUCUAUACAUACAUACAUAUAUAUAUAUAUAUAUAUAUAUCGGCAAUUAUAAUUAGCAGAAAACAUUAUUUGUUUAUUAUUCGGCACGCGCGCAACAACGGAAAGACACUAGUGAUAAAAACAACAAAAAUACAAAUAAUAAAAAAUAAAAAUAAAAAUAAAAUUAAAUCAAAUCAAAUUAAAAUUUGCAGCUGCAAACGUGCAAACAUUUGAAUAUGUGCUAAAAGUGAAGAAACAUAUAAAAACCAAGAAUAUAAAUCUAAUAAACAUUUAACUCGAGUUCUUGCUGGGAUUAUUACUGUCGUGGAUAUCAUAACAACAACAACAACAACAAGCGAGCCAAGACACAAUGGUGAACAAACAGUACACAGCCAACGAUCUGGAGGCUUUUAUGAAAAUAGCCGCCAACUGGCAAAGCACCAAUCACAAUCUGCUGGAGGGUGUCGAUCUAAAGACAGAAAUGACGCAAUACAUGAACAGUCCAUCGAUGAACAUGUAUAAGAAACGAGAGCGCACACAGAACUGGAACCAUCAGGAGAAGAAAUACUUGCUGGAUCUGUGCCGCAAGGAUAUGCGCAUCAUAGAGAAUAAGCGACUCGAUGCUGGUCUCACUGCCGUCAAGAACAAGGCCUGGAAGAUAAUACACCAAAAGUUCUCCAAUCAAUUUGGCACAGAUCGCACCUGCAAUCGCCUCAAAGAGCAAUGGCGCCGCAUGAAAGCAUGCACACGCAAUGAGAUACUCGACUAUAAUAAUCGCCUGGCCAGAUUCGGCGCUGAGGUUGCCGAUCGCAAGAAACCGUCGCCGUUCACCUUUGAGGUUUGGGAUUUUAUGCAGGAGGCGAAGAAGGCAUGCAAAUCGGAGGCACUCGAUGGCAUUGAUUACUCGAAAAUACCAUUGGCUCUCGAGGAGGACUUUGAAUAUCGCGAUGACUACAAAUUCAAUGCCGAUGAGCAUGAUAUGGAUGAUAGUCGCACGCCGCCACAGGAGCUGUGCGAUGUGGACAUCAAGGAGGAGGAGACCAAUGAGACCUUCAAUGAGACGUACAACAAUCACAGCAACGAUAUUCAUGCCAAUGGUGAACGACUCAGCGUUUCGCCCAAUCACAGUCGCAAUGGCCUGCACGAGCCGGAAAGUCCUGCAGCCGCAUCGCUGGACACGAGUGCUGCCUUUAUGCCACCCACCGGCGGUGAGAUGUCCGGGUUCCAGCCCAGCUUCAACAUGAACAACAUAUCCGCUACGUUGGAGGCGCUCAAUGCACUGCGCAGUGGACAAUUUCCGAGUGCAGCGGCAGCAGCAGCUGCUGCCAUACAACAGCAUCAGGCACAGGCUGUGGCCCUGCAGCAACAGCAGCAUCAGCACAAUAACAACAAUAACAAUGAGGAUGAUGAUGAGCUGAUGAAACCAUUGGCCAAACGUCAGCGCACAACCAGCAGCAGCCUGGCCGUCGAGGAUCAAUCGACGACGCUGCCGCUGGCAUUGCCAACGCCACAAUCCGCAGACAGUCAAGCGUUGGAGCGCAGCAGCAGCGGCAUUGGUAGCAGCAGCAGCAGCAGCGCCAUCGCUGCCACAGCCCUUAAUACAACCAGCAGCGGCAGCAGCAGCACCACCGCCAGCUCCUUUGAGCUGCGCCUGUUCAUGGAGAUGCAGAGUAAGGAGCACAUGAUGCGCAUGAAAAUACUGGAGGUACAAUUGCAGGCGGCCAAGCACAGUCGCGAUCUUGUGGAGAUUAACAAGACGCUGGCGCUGCAAAAGCUACAGGAGCUGGCCAGCAAGCGACUGCCCAGUUAGAGUAGCGCAUCGAAGCCUGUUAAUUGCUUGAUUAUCAUCAUCGUCAUCAUCGUUUCACAUUGUUGUUUUAGUUGUAGAUGUAACUUUGUAGCACGUAGGCACUUAGCACGUAGGGCGUAGCUAAAGUUAAAUUUUAGGCUAAGAUAACAAUUUUGUAUCCAGAGACAGACAGCACAGACGACAUACACAUACAAACACACACACAUACACACACACGCACACACCAACAUUGGGCUGCAAUUCACAACAUUCCUGGCAUUGUUUUGACCAGUAUUUAAAAGCUAGAAGCACACACACACACACACACACACACACAUAGAGACAGAUAGACGGCAGCUCAUUUCGCUAGCAGCGGCGCACAAAAGUAUGCCAUAUUAUUUUAUAUUGUUAAAGGACUCUCGCCCCCACUACAACAGCAACCCUUUACAUACAGCCUACCUCACACAAAAACACCAUUACACCCACACACACACACACACACACACAAUUAAGAGUGUGGGGGGCGGGAGUUGGCGCGUGUUUUGUGGCUCUGCACUUGACCAAGUCAAGUGAUUUGUGAAUACGCCUGAGAACGCAUUCAAGUUUUUAGUUCUACUUAGUUUUAGUUCUAGUUGUAGUACUUGUCACAGCUCUCCAAGUUGCUCAAAUCUGCAUAAACAACUACACCCACACCGAUACCCACAACAAACACAACACACACACACACACACACCCAACAAUGACAAAAAAUCACACUUACACUUUACUUACCACAAAUGUAUUUUAAAAUGUACUUAUAUAAUAUACAUCUAUAUAUAUUAUUUUGACUUGAGUUCGACUAACGAAAUGCACAACAAAACCUUUUUGUAUCUUAUUUUAGACCUAAGUUACUCACUCCAUAAAUUACGAGUAUAUUAUUAUAUUAUAUGUAUGAUCAAAAUUUUGAAUGCUGAUUUAUAUAUUUAUUUUGUAUAGUUCGUAUGUCGACAUGUUUUUCGUUUUUAAAUGCCAUAUUAAUUUCCAAUUAUCCUCACACAUUUAUUGUUUCAAAUGUUGUUAAGCGAUCUAUGAUAUAUGUAUUUAUAUACAUAUAUAUCAUACAUUAUAUAAAGAAACUUAUCAUUUAAAGCAGCACUUUAUCUCUUUUGUUUAUUGACUUCUGUUAUGUAACGCUUCUUGUAAAGCAAUUGUAAAUGAGAAAUACAAACUAUUUUAAAUAAAAAAAAGAGAAUCAUAUACUGAAA